AUGGACGCGACGGAGGACGAGAUUGCGCGCAUGCUGGAGGAGCGGCGCGCCAAGGAGCAGGAGCUGGUGGCGCUGGCGUUGGUGAGCUUCGACAAGGACCUGUACGGCGGCGGCGACAAGGACCGCUUCGCCGGCUACGAGAUGUCGAUUCCCGUCAUGGAGGACGAGGAGGAGCAGGACGCCACGGAGAGGGAGGUUGCCAGAGUUAUAUGA